GUGAGUUCUUUAUCGUCCUCCAGACUCCAGUCCCAGAGGCCCAGACACCCACUGAAAUCCCUUACCAACUCGAAGACUCCUCCGAAUCCGAGGGCUCAAGCGACCGACGGCGAGCAUGGCGGCAGACGGCGGCCCCGCGACGGCGGCGCUGGACGAGGCCCUCAAGCCCUUCCAGGAAAGAGCCUCCGAGGCUGAGAUACGCAUAGCAAAGCUGGAAGCCUUGCUGUACAACAAAGAUGAUCUGAGCCGUGGAUCUGAGGCAACUUCCUCUGCCGUGAAGGAUCUUCGGUCAAAGCUGGAUGCGGCUACUGCAGAAUGCUUGACUGAAAAAGAGAAGAACAAGAAGCUAAUCAUGGAGAACGAGAAGCUCCAGUACCGCAUGACCCAUCUUAUCCGUGCAAUAAAAGAGGCAGAAUCAAGAUAGGAGCAGCCUGACGAGGCCUAUGUUGAAGUGUCCCCAUCUUGUUGAUCCUUCACGUUAUUCCUGAAUUUACAAUUUAGCUUAAGCUAUUGUUGUGAUCCUGAUAUAGAUCUUGGUUGAAACUGUGUCAAACUGUCGAUUGGAACGAUGAUAUGCACACUAUUGUCUGUUUUGACCUGACCCCAACUUGAAGGGCAGGUGACUCCAGCAUUGAACAUUGGCAUGCAUAUACUGUUAUCUGAAAUGGCAAUUCAUAUGUUAAACAUUUUCCCCACUUUA